GCACAAAUGGGCUCUGUUGCUGUUUGUUCUCUUGGUAAUGGUUAGACAGAUCAUAUGUGUAAAUGUCUUAAUUACAGCUAAACUUUCAUAUAUGAUUUGGAAGGCAAAGCCAUGUGAACUUCAAAUGCUUAUGUCUCUUGCAAAUUUGUCAAACCUUCCCAAAUGACUUCAGAACCACUUAUUCAGAAGCCUUAGAUAUGUGUGCAUUCCAACAGUCCAUUCAUCUAUAUAAGGGUGCAUAAUCACACAAACGGAAUCAUCAAGUCCUCACAUUCUCCACUACAAAAUAUUUUUGUGCACUCUAAUACUUCUUCUAAAGAAAAACACAAAGAAAGAACAACAUGGCAUUUGGAUUGUCUGGCUUUGUUCAGGGCAAGAAGGCUCUUCGAAGAUCACUUUCAGGCAACAAAGAAGCAACUUUGAAGUCUUCAACCAUUCCAAAGGGCUACUUUGCUGUCUAUGUUGGAGAAGAUCAGAAGAAGCGCUAUGUAGUACCUGUUUCGUACCUAAAUGAGCCUGCAUUUCAAGACUUGCUGAGUAUGGCAGAAGAAGAAUUUGGAUAUGAGCAUCCGAUGGGUGGACUCACAAUUCCAUGCAGAGAAGACAUCUUCAUUGAUAUCACAUCUCUGUUGAAUUGAUUGAUUGUACUAUGUAGCAUUGACAUAGAUUGACAGAAACACAAUUUUGUAUAUCAUAUACUUUUACCCUUUUUUUCUUAGAGAAAAGGGAGUUUUUUUUACUCUCUGAGAAACUAGUAAAUAGAAAUUACUCAUUUGAUUAAUACAUGUUCUCUUUUCGGUUGAAUUC